UCGCAGGGAACUUAUUUAUCGCCGCUCGUUUCCCCAGCGCUCGCCCACAAAUAUGGAACAGGUUAUACAAAUACUCGAGAAAACCACAUCGCCAGAUAAAACUGAGUUGGAAACUGCAUUAAAUUACCUAGAGCAGGCAGCACAAUCAAAUUUGCCAGAAUAUGUGAAAGUACUGAGCGAUGUAUUGCACCAUGGAGGAAAUUCCACCGUGGCCCGAAUGGCCGCGGGUAUUCAGCUGAAAAACACAUUAGCUUCCAAUGAUCCCAAAGUUAAAGUACAGUAUCAGCAGCGGUGGCUGGCAUUUCCACCAGAUGUCAGGGACUACGUUAAGGCUAAUGUUUUGGGAGCAUUAGGUACAGAGCAAAACCGGCCAAGCUCAGCAGCACAAUGUGUUGCCUACAUUGCAUUGACAGAAAUUCCUGUAGGCCAAUGGCCAAACUUAAUAGACAGAUUGGUAGCAAAUAUAACAGCUCCUGGAGCCACAGAUAUGACAAAAGAGUCCACUCUAGAGGCUAUUGGAUAUAUUUGUCAGGAUAUAGAGCCAGAUGCCAUAGCUUCACAGAGUAACAACAUCCUCACUGCUAUUGUUCAUGGUAUGAAGCGUGAUGAACCCAAUGAUCAUGUUAGACUCGCAGCAACGACGGCACUUCUUAACUCGCUUGAAUUUACAAAACAGAACUUCGAAAGGGAUGCUGAAAGACAUUUUAUUAUGCAAGUGGUUUGUGAAGCAACCCAAUCUACCAAUACUCAAAUUAAAGUUGCUGCCCUACAGUGUUUGGUAAAAAUAAUGUCACUAUAUUAUCAGUACAUGGAGCAUUAUAUGGGACCUGCAUUGUUUGCAAUCACACUUGAAGCCAUGAAGAGUGACAUAGAUGAAGUAGCACUACAAGGCAUAGAGUUCUGGUCGAAUGUGUGUGAUGAAGAAGUGGAUCUUGCCAUUGAGGCUUCUGAGGCAGCUGAGCUUGGCCGUCCCCCAGAGAGAACCUCUCGCUUCUAUGCCAAGGGAGCAUUGCAGUAUCUAGUCCCAGUACUGAUGAUGACACUUGGAAAGCAAGAGGAAGCAGAUGAUGAUGAUGAGUGGAACCCCUGUAAAGCAGCUGGAGUGUGUGUUAUGCUUCUUGCAACAUGUACUGAAGAUGAUAUUGUACCCCAUGUCCUGCCUUUUGUAAAGGAGAAUAUUAAGCACACUGACUGGAGACUCCGAGAUGCAGCGAUAAUGGCAUUUGGUUCGAUUUUGGAAGGUCCUGAUCCAACCAAUCUUAAACCAAUGGUGGAACAGGCAAUGCCAACCCUGAUUGAGGCUCUUAGUGAUUCGUCUGUAGUGGUGCGAGACACAACAGCUUGGACUCUGGGUCGAGUGUGUGAACUAAUCCCAGAUGCAGCAUGCAAUGACACUUACCUCAAGUUAUUGCUAGAAGCAUUAGUUCACAGCUUGAAGGGAGAACCAAGGGUGGCAUCAAAUGUCUGCUGGGCUCUCAGUUCACUAGCUGAAGCUGCCUAUGAACAGGCGGAUACUGGAGAAGUUGACGGCGAGCCACCAACCUAUUGUCUGUCUGCAUUCUUUGACCCCUUGGUAGAUGUUCUUUUGCAAACUACAGACAGAGCUGAUGGAAACCAGUGUAAUUUAAGAAAUGCUGCCUAUGAGGCCCUCAUGGAACUUAUGAAGAAUUCUCCAAGGGAUUGUUAUCCAACUGUCCAAAAAACUACUAUGAUAAUUUUGGAGAGGCUUCAGCAAGUAUUGCACAUGGAGUCUCAGAUUCAGUCCCAUAGCGAUAGGGUUCAGGUGAAUGAUAUUCAGUCGCUGUUAUGUGCAACUCUCCAGUCAGUCUUAAGGAAAGUAACCCCUGAAGAUGCUCCAAAAAUCAGUGACCCCAUCAUGGCUGCUCUGCUGCAGAUGUUCCAGACGUCUCAGGGCAAGUCAGGGGGCGUGCAGGAAGAUGCACUCCUUGCUGUUUCUACUCUGGUAGAGGUGUUGGGGCAUAACUUCUUGAAGUACAUGGAAGCAUUCAAGCCUUUCUUGUCUUUGGGCCUGCGAAAUGUUGAAGACUACCCUGUAUGCUCAGCUGCCGUGGGGGUUACAGGAGACAUAUGUCGUGCUCUGGGUGAUAAAGUAGAGCCAUUCUGCGAUGAACUGAUGUCCAUGUUGGUAGAGAAUCUUGGGAAUAAUAAUGUUCACAGAAAUGUGAAACCAUCCAUACUUUCAGUAUUUGGUGAUAUGGCUUUAGCUCUAGGACCCAAGUUUACCAAAUACUUGGAAGUGGUCCUUCAAAUGCUUCACCAGGCAUCUCAAGCCCAAGUUGAUCGCUCAGACUUUGAUAUGCUGGACUAUCUUAAUGAAUUACGUGAAAGCUGUUUGGAGGCUUAUACUGGUAUUGUUCAGGGUUUAAAAGGUGAUGGGGCAACACCAAACCAGGAAGUGCAGCUCCUGCGUCAACAUGUGCCCCAUAUGAUCUCUUUCAUAACUUCCGUUGCUACAGAUGAUGAAAAAUCUGAUCCUGUUAUUGCUAGUUCAGCUGGUCUGAUUGGGGACUUGUGCUCUGUGUUUGGAACAGACAUGCUGCAAUUGGUGGAGACUGAUCCUAUCACCAAUCUGCUCUCUCAAGGCCGGCGCUCCAAGACUUCGAAGACAAAGACCCUUGCAAUGUGGGCAACUAAAGAAAUCCGUCGCUUGAAAAACAACAGCACUUGCCCCUAACUUGGCUUUUCAGAUGAGUGGCGAGUUUAGUCUGUGGUGAGUCGAUGCAGUGAGUCAGAUGCGGUGUGUCUGCAUGGAGUGAGGGAAGAGCGUUGCCCGGCUGUGGUGAGUGGUGACCGUUCAGCGCGUGGGGUGUGUGGUGAGUGAACAGACAAACAUGGACGAUCGCAAGUGCGGCAGUUUGGCCGAAUGUGCGAUGACGACCGGAUGGCCUCGGAAGAGUGUGAAAAUAUCUAAAACUUUUCUUGAAUGACGGGAAUAUCUUCUUUUAUGAGAAUAUCAGAAAAUCAUUUCCAGUGAAUCAUUCCAGCUCCCAGGAAAAGAUCUGCCUCAUUUGCUCUGUAAAGCAUGUAAAACUUUUCCAAAGUGAGUCCUAUUUAUGAACUGUGGUUUUUGAAAGCCAGUCCUUUCAAGUGCCUUUAUGUGGGAAUGAAUGGUGCUGUAGCCAUGAGUCGGGUACCCUACUGGUAACUGAUCCAUCUACUGUAAUAUAAAUACAAGUGGGGAUAGUAUUCCAGGGUGUCUAGUCAAGGGUACAAAGGAUUUUCAACUACUACCACUUCAAUUCUGUUAGUGUUAGCCAAGUUAAUCUAUUCUAUCUGCAGGGCAGCCUUCUGCUUUAUUCCAAUGCAGGUCUUUAUAGAUUUUCUGAGUCCUCUUUAAGACACAGUCUGCCAAAUAAUCUACCAAUCAGUAAUUUUUUUUUUUUUUUUUUUUUUUUUUUUUUUUUUUUUCUUCUUCUUCUUUCUCUUCAUAAACUAUUGAAGAACAUUCUUGAAAGUAGUUAAGAUCAAUUUGGGAUAAUGCAGAUAAUCUUUUCCUGUUAUUAUACAUCCUCAGUUAGUCUCCUAGUUCUUCGGUGACAGCACAUGUGUGUUUAGGGCACUAGAAUGGGAUGCGGCUCUAAUUGUUCUUUAGUGGCAUUUUGAGGCACAUAAAAACUGAAAUCAUGAACAUGAGUACCACCUAAAUAUUUCAAACAGUAUUUCAAAUGGUUAUGCUCAAUUUUUUUUUUCUAAUUUGUUUUUCUUUUUGUUAUGCAUGUUAAAUUUAAAUUAAAAAAGAGGUUAUUAUUCCCUGUCAGGUUCUCUUGAAUGAAGUAUAAAUUGUGUGCUGCUGUUUGCAAGCAAUAGUGAGUUGGAUAGUAAUGGUAUCAGCUGAUGAUUAUUGACUGGCUAAUAUUUCCCCCCAUGUACACAAGUGAGCCAUGUCAAAUCCCUCUUAGUUUGUGAUUGCUAAUGUUGCAUUUUGCAGUGUAAGCCCUAAAUGUGCAAUGUGAGAACUGAGGUGUGUCUGCAAGUUGUUGGAAGAGAGGACAUAAACCCAGUACAAUUUAGUUUUGAUUUUGCGUGAAUGAAUCUUAAUGUAUAUGGGUUAAAUCUUUCUUCCACUUACUUGUGGAAACUUAGUUGAUACCAACAACCCACCUAAGUGACUGAACUGGUACAGUGAUAGAAGAUAAUUUGCAAUUCAA